AUGUCUUCAAAUCAAAAUGAUGGCGGUGAUCCCACAAGUACUCAUGAUAAAACAGCUAUUGGCGACUCAACAUUUGGUUCGAGGGGUGUGGAAGGUUCAAUGACUGAUGGCGGUGGACAAUCAACGGUGAAUACUCAUAGUGGUGCUAGUACAGCUACAUAUGGUUCAAAGUCAAUAAGCAGUGGUGCAGCUGGUACAAGCGGUCAGUCAGGCACGUCUUCAAAUCGUACAACACCCGGUUCAGCAUCACAAGCUUCAAAGGAUUCAGGUGAUAGGCGAACAUAA